UGCUCCUCCUCUGAGGGGAGGGGCGAUGUGCGGUGAUGCACCAAUCACAGCGCAGCCUGCCCUAUAAAAGGGCCCUCGGCGCAGGCCCGACCGCUCCCUGUUGGCAUCGCCUCUAGAGUCUUUCUGCUGCUAUGUCCGAGACGGCUCCUGCAGCUCCAGUCGAACCUGUGGUCGUCCCUAUGGGGAAACCGUCAACCAAGCGGCGAGGAAAGAAGCCGGGUGGCUUAACGGGUGCGAGUCGCAAACCUCCCGUCCCUUCCGUGUCCCAGCUCAUCACGGAGGCGGUGUCCAUGUGCCAGGACAGGGCAGGCAUGUCCUUGGCCGCACUCAAGAAGGCGCUGGCGGCCGCCGGCUACGAUGUGGAGAAGAACAACAGCCGCAUCAAGCUGGGGCUCAAGAGCCUGGUGAGCAAGGGCACCCUGGUCCAGACCAAGGGCACCGGCGCCUCCGGCUCUUUCAGGCUCAGUAAAAAGGCCACUCCUGAACCCACCAAGAACAAGGUCAAGAAGUCUCGAUCUAGGAAAACCAAGAAGGGAAUCUUAUCUCGGGACUCCAGGUCCCCGAAAAGUAUCAAGACCAACAAGAAAGUGAAGCAGCAGAAGAAUACGGUGAAGAAAGCUGUCCGCGGUGGCAGGCCGGUUAAGGGAGCCCAGGGCAGAAAGCAGAGCAGGAGUCCUGCCAGGGGUAGACCAGCCAAGCCCAAGCCUUCCAAAACCAAACUGCCGCAACAGAAGGCGGGUCAGCGGAAGCUGUCCACUAAGAAGUGAGGAACCGCUAGCGGUCGAAUUCAGGAAACCCAAAGGCUCUUUUAAGAGCCACUCCUGUGAUCUGUAAAGGGUG